AUGGAUUCGUUUGCCCAAAAAGUUAAAACAUUCGAUGCCUUUCCAAAAGUAGAUCCGCAUCAUCAAGUGAGAUCACAGAGAGGUGGACUCUCGACUUUAGUGACAUACUUUUGUGGAUUGUUAAUACUAUGGAUUGAAAUUGGUGGAUAUAUUGGCGGAUACGUGGAUCGUCAGUUCACAGUAGACGAUCAAAUCCGUUCCGAUUUGACUAUUAAUAUUGACAUGAUAGUGGCUAUGCCUUGUCAGUUUAUUCAUACCAAUGUUGAAGAUAUCACCCACGACACGUAUUUGGCAGGAGAGACAUUGAAUUUUGAAGGGAUCCACUUUUUCGUUCCUGAUUCAUUCAAAAUUAAUAACCCAAAUGAUUUCCAUGAGACACCAGAUUUGGAUGAAGUUAUGCAAGAGAGUUUAAGGGCUGAAUUUAGAAGUGAAGGUGCAAGAGUCAAUGAAGGAGCUCCUGCUUGUCAUAUUUUUGGUUCUAUUCCAGUGAAUCAAGUACGUGGAGAUUUUAGAAUUACUGGUAAGGGAUUUGGAUAUAGAGACAGACUGCAUGUCCCAUUCGAGUCCCUAAAUUUUUCCCAUGUCAUACAGGAAUUUUCAUUUGGGGAAUUCUAUCCAUAUUUGAAUAAUCCUUUAGAUGCAACAGGUAAGAUUACUGAAGAAAGAUUACAAACCUACAUGUACUAUGCAAAAGUGGUCCCCACAUUAUAUGAGCAAUUGGGAUUAGAAAUUGACACCAACCAAUACUCAUUAACCGAGAAUCAGCAUGUUAUUAAAGUUGAUCAAUCUACCCACAGGCCAGAUGGGAUCCCGGGAAUAUAUUUCUUGUAUGAUUUUGAACCAAUAAAGCUUGUCAUUCGUGAGAAAAGAAUCCCAUUCUUUCAGUUCAUUGCUAAGUUGGCUACAAUUGGCGGUGGUCUAUUGAUUGCUGCUGGCUAUCUAUUUAGAUUAUAUGAAAAAUUGCUUUUUAUAUUCUAUGGCCAAAAGGCAGUUCAACAAAAUAGAGAGCAGAAACCAGGUGGGUUGUUAGAUAUUUAG